UCCGGCAGCCGCGCCCCGCCCCGCCCCCCGGUAUCUCCAUUUUGGCCGCAGGAGCCGUGAGCGCGCAUGGCGGGCUUGGAGGUUCUGUUCGCCUCGGCGGCGCCCGUCAUCACCUGCGCGCAGGACGCGCUCGUCUGCUUCCUGCACUGGGAGGUGGUGACACACGGCUACUACGGCCUGGGUGCUGGCGACCAGCCAGGGCCUAAUGAUAAGAAAUCAGAACUUCUGCCUGCCAAUUGGAACAGCAAUAAAGACCUGUAUGUCCUCCGCUAUGAGUCUAAGGAUGGGUCCAGGAAACUCCUCGUGAAGGCCGUCACUGUGGAGAAUAGCAUGAUCAUCAACGUGCUGGAAUAUGGCUCACAGCAAGUGUCAGACUUGACCCUGAACUUGGAUGAUUAUAUCGAUUCAGAACACCUGGUUGAUUUCCACAGGGCCUAUAAGAACAGUGAGGAGCUUCGGUCUCGUAUCGUGUCUGGAAUCAUCACUCCUAUCCAUGAGCACUGGGACAAGGCUAGUGUAAGCAGCCCCCACCGGGAGUUUCCCCCUGCUACUGCCAGAGAAGUAGACCCACUCCGGAUUCACCCACGCCACCCACACCCCGGCCACCAACCUCCCUGGUGUGAUCCCCUGGGCCCAUUUGCUGUCGGGGGAGAAGACCUGGACCCCUUUGGCUAUCGGAGAGGUGGCAUGAUUGUGGAUCCCCUGAGAUCUGGCUUCCCGAGAGCACUUAUUGACCCCUCCUCGGGCCUCCCAAACCGGCUUCCUCCAGGUGCUGUGCCCCCAGGAGCACGCUUCGACCCCUUUGGACCCAUUGGAACCAGCCCAUCUGGCCCUAACCCAGACCACCUCCCCCCGCCGGGCUACGAUGACAUGUACCUCUGAAGGCCUCAAGAAUGUAACAUCCCGGCCUUCCCUCCACUCUCCGGGAGCUGCCACUGCUGACCCUCUCAGCCACUGUGUUCUUGCGGUCUGGGGGCAAGGGACUCUGCCCAUGUAUCUGCAGACGGGCUGGGGUUGGCCCCCCGCCCCCACCUGAGCCACGGCACCUGCUGCAGCCCUCCACCUGGCUGUGUAUAUGUCUCAGAGAGAAAUCAGUGUGUCUCUUGCACUACCAGCUCCUCCCCGCUUCCCAAGGAGACUCCGGCAACAUAUACCCUCAACCCGAAGCAGCCCCGUUUGCAGCGCUGUAAGAACAGAACGCAUUUUGGAUGUUAUUAUUAAGAGCCAAAUGUCAAUACAGAAAUCAUGUUGCCGUCUCCCACUUUUCUUUACUGCACAGCUCCUUCAGUUUGAAGGCUUUUGAUUGGAAUCUUUGUGGGGCUAAAUGACUUUUUCUACCCUGGGCCUGUUCUUGCUUUUCGGGCACCCUUCAAAAAUUACUUCAUAAAUUGCUGUUGCUUUUGACAUCACUAAGAGGGGUCCCAUUCUGGAUGAAAACAAGUAACUGAAAACCGCAUAGUUUCACAAAGAUGUCUUUCACAAGGGCAGGCACAUUGCAGAGACUGCACCACCUGAGAAGGGGAGAUCCUGCAGGUCUGUCUGAGCCAGUCCUCGGGCCCGUCUCUGUCUGGGCACCGGCAGAGGGCACGGGGAACAGAGCAGACAUGAAAGCUAAUCACUUGUUUUGCUGCCAGCUUUCUGAAUGACCCUAAGCAAGUCCUUUUCCUUCCCAGGACCUUUGUUGCCCAGCCAUGAAAUUAAAGUGCUUUCCCUGCUCCAAAA